GUUUGAUUACAAGUUUCCAUUCUGUGCCUCCGAUCAGCUGCGAAAUGAGAAAAAAAAGUGUUCAUCUGAAAGGAAGUGAAAGUUAUAAAUUUAGUAUUCAGUUUAAAUCAGAUUUUCUCAAUUAACAACUAUUCUUUCUUUGUUAUAAUUGAGUCAGAUAUCCAAAUACUAUAUAUUAAUAUAAUUCUAAACGAGAAUGUACUUGGCAGAUUUGUAAAAAUAUAAACAUCAUUUCGCAAUCUUAACCAAAAUGAAUAUUGGUGAACUUUUGUCCUAUAAGAUGACGACAGCUGCAGAUAAGCAGGAGAAUGAUAGCAGCCAAGAACCAGCGCCAGAGUGCACUGGUCGCUCUCCAAUGCAACAUGAUUUCGGCCAACAUUUAAUCCCUGGCUACAAUCUAAUAUUCAUUAAAGAAGAAGCGCAUGAGAUCCAUUGUAUUCAGCAAUCCAAAUAUGUCAAUUACUCUAACCUGAUAACUGGUUCAUAUAAUUUGAAUUUUAUUAAAGAGAAAACUCAAUCUGUGUCAUCCAAUAUGGAUAGGCCAAAACUAAUAAAGGUUAUUGGCUGUGUUUUUGUGCUAUUGACAAUAGCAUCUCUAUUUAUGGUAUUUGCGGAUAAUGACCUUUCGAGUGAGAAAGUCCUUUCUGAAGACAAUGAAACAUUGCGACGUGCCUUUGUGGGCUACCUUGAAGAUGAGAAAUUGGUACACUUGGAGGUUCUCUCAACGUUGGAAGGCAAGCCACCUAAACUAACUGGCAAACUAGGCGUUAAUCUGCACCAGGAUGAUGUGGAUGAUGUGCCAUCUCCAAAUGUGUCAUUCCAGCCGCAAACGACCGUUUUCACGUGGGACUCGCUCGGCAUUCGACUUCAAAUUUCGCGCCAAUCAGAUACCGACCGCUGUCACGUGAUCAGGUGGACUAGUACGCAUGCGCGGCCGCUGGAAGACUGCUUUCUGAUUGGUGCAGCCAGCUGGUACGGGGGGCCCGAACAUUUGAAUCAGCGGUGGCCAAUUGAGAAGCUGCAACUCAAGGAACUGGCAUACGUGCCCAGCCAGCCGAACAAUGUCGGCAAAACAGAGCCGUUCUGGUUCAACUCGGACGGCAUCAGCAUCUACGUGAACGUGAGCACUCCACUCUUCGUCGAUGUCAGAAAUCAUCGAUCCGACGGCCUUUGUCUCAUUGCAGAUGACCGGAAGCCCUAUUUGCCACGAGCAGAGAAACUAUUGCAGUACACACUGUGCAACUUUGAGGACGCGCGCCAAGCCUACGAGUACAGUGUUGCCAACCUGUUCGACCGGCCGGCGGCAUUGCCAGAUCGUCGCAUGGUUCAGCAUCCAGUUUGGUCCACUUGGGUGCGCUACAAGAAACUGGUGAACCAAUCAGUGGUACUGCAGUUUGCAAGGGACAUCGCCAUACAUGGAUUCAACAACAGUCAGAUGGAGAUUGAUGACAACUGGGAGAGCUGCUACGGCGAAACAGCUUUCAACAUUUCGAGAUUCCCGGACAUGAAGCUGCUAACGAAACAGCUGAAGGACAUGGGCUUCCGCACCACCAUCUGGACGCACCCGUUCGUCAACAAGGAGUGUCCUGAUUUUGCCCUUCUCAAGGACAAGGGCUACUUUGUGGCGAAUCAGACGGGGGAAGUGCUGAUGAAGUGGUGGGACGGGGAGGGGGGAGUGGUAGACUUUACCAAGCCGAGUGCCGUGCAGUGGUUUGCGGCGAAACACACCAAGCUGCUACAAGACUAUGCAAUUGAUGGCUUCAAGUUCGAUGCUGGAGAAGUGGGAUGGUUACCCCAGAUUGCGCGUCUAAAUUGUUCUUUGGACCAGCAUCCACGCUGCUUCAGCCAAUCAUAUGCAGAGACCUUGGCCAAGUUUGGACCAAUGUCAGAGAUGCGCGUCUCGUUCAGAACUCAGCGACAUGCCAUGUAUACGCGCAUGCUCGAUAAGGAUAGUAAAUGGUCUUGGGACAAUGGGCUCCGCACUCUGAUCACGACAAUGUUUGUGCAAAACAUGAACGGCUACCCAUUCGUGCUGCCGGAUAUGGUGGGAGGCAACGCCUACGCUGGAGACAAAAUCGAAAAGGAACUAUUCAUCAGAUGGCUGCAGGCCAAUUGCUUCAUGCCGUCCAUUCAGUUCUCUGCCGCCCCAUGGGACUUUGAUGACCAGACAGUGGCGAUAAGUAAGAAGUUGACAGCGCUGCACUACAGCUACUCGGAGGUGAUUGUGCAGCUGAUGCAGCGCAGUGUGGAGACAGGUGCCCCCCUCAACCCGCCCAUCUGGUGGGUGGAUCCUCAAGAUGCCGUCGCUCAGAAGAUCAAUGAUGAAUACCUGCUUGGAGAGGACAUCCUUGUAGCGCCUGUGCUGAAGAAAGGAGCCACUAAGCGCAACAUCUACCUACCAAAGGGCUACUGGCGAGAGGAGAAUCCGCCCCACAGACUGUUCAAGGGUCGCAGCUGGCUGAGGAACUACCCUGUCGGUCUGGACAUCCUCCCCUACUUCACUAGGGUGCAAGGCAAUACGUUGAGUCCACAGGAGAAACGUGAUAUACACCUACCCGCCGAAUAUCAACUGAUCGUUGUCUAGAAUCAACGAAACUUGUUUACUGAAUAAGAAAAACCUUGGUAAAUGUAACCGUUAAUCAAAUAGAACAACUCUUGAAUUCAAAUUGAACUCUACCCAAAAAUUAAUUGACUGUAUAGACUUUGAUAAGUUUU